AUGUUCCGUAAUCGUAACAAGGGAAGAGGGAAUGGAGAGAGACCAGGUCCGGCCGCGAACGAUGCCAACAGCGAUGCUGGUACCACGAAGGAAAAGAAACCUUUUGCUCAGAGGAAACCUGCCAGUAAGUACGAUCGCCAGUAGUCCGAUACAGGGUGGGUUGGGAAGGAUGUAUUGCGCUAGGAGUAGAGUGUACCACAAAGCUCCUGCAGCGCAAAUGGCCACUCCGCCAAUUUGUUAUCAAGCAGGAUGGUGGCCGGGUGGUGCAUAUCGCACUUUGCACUUUCUCUGGUGAUCUUGGUGGGUUCAGAGGAGGGCGUAGUUGGCGGCGGGCCAAACGCACUGAGAACGCACACCAAGCUUGGGGGGAGAUGAUGCAAGCGAGAGCAUACAGUGCCAUGAUCCUUCGCCACCUCUGCAGCUCCUCCAGCGAAUGUGGAAUGGACUUCGUGCUUGGAUGGUCGAGGGCCGGGCCCCUCCCUACCUUUGAUUUGUGCAGAACUCUUUUACCAGGCAAUCGUCUGACCUCUCUAUAUGCACAUCCUUCUCUACUACAGACACCGCCUUUAGACAACAGCGUCUCAAGGCUUGGCAGCCCAUUCUGACACCAAAGACGGUGCUGCCUACCUUCUUCCUCGUUGGCUUGAUCUUCGCGCCUAUCGGCGCUGUGCUGUACUACUAUGCCAACAAGGUAUGCUCAGGUCACGGUUUGCCACUGCAGUCUUCACAGGCUCACACGGCUGGGAAAUUGUUGCACAACAGGUCAGCGAGUUCACAAUUGACUACACAAACUGCCAAAACGCUGGUGCAGACUGGGUCGAGAUUCCAACAGACAAGUAUGACUAUCAGCUGGCGGUGCGUGUCGAGGCGCAAGAUCUGAGCAGGCAUAUGAUGGGGUGCUGAUGCUUCUCGAUUUGCAGGGCAAGAACAGCUCAAAUUGGUCCAACCCUCAAUGGCGUUUCGCACCUGCGCCCACCGCGCCGAACGGCAGUCAUUGCGAAAUUCAAUUCUCGGUGCCAGAGGAUCUGCAGCCUUCAGUUUUCUUGUACUACAAGCUGACCAACUACUACCAGAACCAUCGUCGGUAUGUCAAGAGCAUCGAUACGGAGCAACUUCUGGGCGAUGUCCGAUCGCCAAGUGAUCUUUCCAGCGGCAAUUGCAAACCUUUGGGCGCAGAAGGUGGUCGGGGUAUCUAUCCCUGUGGACUCAUCGCGAACAGCGUCUUCAAUGGUUCGUAUGCUAAAUCGCCACGGAAGCUCGUGCGCAUGCUAAUUCGAUCUUCCGCACUCAUCUUUGCAGACACAUUCAGCCAGCCACAGCUGCUCAACCCAGGAGGAACAGACAGCAACUCGACAUAUGCAAUGACCGAUCGGGGCAUCGUUUGGCCUGGGGAGAAGAACAAGUACAAGCGCACCAAGAACGAUCCCAGCACACUCGUACCGCCUCCGUUCUGGCGAGGCACUUUCAACAACUCACAAGGCCUUGCAUACAAUUAUCCGAAUGGAUACACGGCCGAGAAUCUCUUUGAUCCUAGCGAGGACGAGCAUUUCAUGGUAAGUGGUGUGUGGGAGUAGCAUCGAGACGCGAAGCUUUUUCUUAGCUUGAUAGCAUUGAUCUUGGCACCUUGUAGGUCUGGAUGCGCACUGCUGGUCUGCCGACGUUCCGCAAGCUAUACUACAGGAACGACAAUGAUGUAAUGCUCUCGGGUCGUUACUUGAUCACCGUCAAUGACAGUGAGUGCAGCGUGCUGGAUCUCAUCUUCCUUGGCGCGAAUGAGCUCACCUCUUUCGCCCUCGGAAGACUACCCUGUCGCCAUGUUCCACGGCACCAAGUCGAUCGUUUUCAGUACCGUCACGUGGGUGGGAGGACGUAAUCUCUUCCUUGGAGCGGCUUAUAUCGCCGUCGCGGCCCUCUGCGUCCUGCUCGGACUCAUCUUUACCGCAAGACACCUCAUUCGCCCCAGAAAGCUCGGAGAUCUCAGUCUGCUCAGCUGGAACGACAAUUGA